UUUGAGGCGUGUCCAUUCCGUACGGCGGAGGAAUAGGCCUCCCGCGCGUUUUCUCAGCGCGAGGCGGGGAUUGCAACGUAGAAUACAGGGGUGGGGCCCUGGUCGAGGUAGGCUUCUGGGAGGAGGGAGGUCUUGGCUAUGGUGUAUGAUGCUCUGUGUCAUAUUUAGAAAAGCUAUUUGCCUUCCGGGAUAAACCUCUCGGCUGAGAGUUAAUUUUCUGCUGGAAGAAACCACUGGGGAUGAGGGGAGCAAGGGAGGAAAAAUCACCAAGUUAUAAGGACAAACGUCUUAUAUGCUACGGCUGAAUCCUGGGAGAAAUCGGCGGAUGAGGGGAGAAGUCACGACAGUACAAUCUGAUUUUUGGAGACACCCUCGGGGAGAAUGUGGAGAGGAUCCCUUUUGCUGCUUUUUAUGAGUUGAGGGGAAGAAGACAAGGGAAAAAGCAAGAAGAUCAGUUGGGAAGAUUCUGCAGUAGCCCAGAUUGCCUACUGCUACUUCUACCUCCACUGUGCACAGGAAAUAUGUGGCUCCCAGGGACUGGCAAGCUCCAUGGAGGAAGCUUAUCUCCAGGAUAUGUGGGCUGUGUCCUGUGGGAGCCUAACCUGGAGACUGAGCGUGGAUCUGGACGGCCCCUUGAUGCGAUAUGGAGAGGGGAGCAAGGAUAUUGGCUUCACCCAGGUUUUUGCGCCUUCAGGAAAUCGAAACACCAGGCGCCAUCUUGUCUGAGCCGACUCCUUCCGGACUACAUUUCCCAGAGGCCUCGCAAGAGCAGGGCCGCUCCUUCACUCGCUAGCCCGACCGUCGGCCUCCCGGGAAGGGUAACUGCAAGCUCUGCUCUUCUCAGAUAGAUCCCCAGAGGAAGAAGGAGGAAUGGCUGUUGACCAAGCCAAAUAAAAGGAAAACAGCCCCAAGGAGAACUGAUCCUCUCCUGCAAUACUGAAAGAAAGCCAUGGCCCAGGGCUCAGUGGUGUUCAGUGAUGUGUCUGUAGACUUCUCGCAGGAGGAGUGGGAGUGCCUGGACUCUGGUCAGAGGGACUUGUACAGAGAUGUGAUGUUGGAGAACUAUAGCAAUCUGCUGUCAAUGGGAUUUUACAUUCCUAAGCCUCAAGUCAUCUCCUUAUUGGAACAAGGGAAAGAGCCCUGGAUGGUUGGCAGAGAGCUGACAAAAGGCCUAUGUUCAGAUCUGGAAUCAAUGUGUGAAAACAAGUUAUUAUCUCUGAAGAAGGAAGUUUAUGAAAUAGAAUCAUGCCAGAGGGAGAUAAUGGGACUUACAAAGCAUGGCCUUGAGUACUCCAGUUUUAGAGACAUUUUGGAAUAUAGAAGCCACUUUGAAAAACAACUGGGAUAUCAAAGUGGGCAUUUAAGCCAAGAAAUAUUCACUCAUGAAUACAUGCCCACAUUUAUUCAACAGACAUUCUUUACUCUACAUCAAAUAAUUAAUAAUGAAGAAAAGCCCUAUGAAUGUAAAAAAUGUGGAAAGGUUUUUAGUCAGAAUUCACAAUUUAUUCAACAUCAGAGAAUUCAUAUUGGUGAAAAAUCUUAUGAAUGUAAGGAGUGUGGGAAAUUCUUUAGUUGUGGCUCACAUGUUACUCGACACCUGAAAAUUCAUACUGGUGAAAAACCCUUUGAAUGUAAGGAAUGUGGAAAGGCCUUCAGUUGUAGCUCAUACCUUUCUCAACAUCAGAGAAUUCAUACUGGUAAGAAACCCUAUGAGUGCAAGGAAUGUGGGAAGGCCUUUAGCUAUUGCUCAAAUCUUAUUGACCAUCAGAGAAUUCACACUGGUGAAAAACCCUAUGAAUGUAAAGUAUGUGGGAAAGCCUUUACUAAGAGCUCACAACUUUUCCAACAUGUGAGAAUUCAUACAGGUGAGAAACCCUAUGAAUGUAAGGAAUGUGGCAAAGCUUUUACUCAGAGCUCAAAGCUUGUUCAGCAUCAGAGAAUUCACACUGGUGAAAAACCCUAUGAAUGCAAAGAAUGUGGCAAAGCCUUUAGUAGUGGCUCAGCACUUACUAAUCAUCAGAGAAUUCACACCGGGGAGAAACCCUAUGAUUGUAAGGAAUGUGGGAAAGCUUUUACUCAGAGCUCACAACUUCGUCAACAUCAGAGAAUCCAUGCUGGUGAGAAACCCUUUGAAUGUCUUGAAUGUGGGAAGGCCUUUACUCAGAACUCACAACUUUUUCAACAUCAGAGAAUUCAUACAGAUGAAAAACCAUAUGAAUGUAAUGAAUGUGGAAAGGCCUUUAAUAAAUGCUCAAACCUCACACGACAUCUGAGAAUUCAUAGUGGUGAAAAGCCCUAUAACUGUAAGGAAUGUGGGAAGGCAUUUAGUAGUGGCUCAGAUCUCAUUCGUCAUCAGGGAAUUCACACUGAUGAAUUAUCAGAAACUCAGGAACCAAAUAGAUUGGGAGAGCAAGGAAUUCUUGGAAUGCAAUACAAGUUUUCAGCCUUGGCGGAGCAGCUCUGGUCUCAGCCUUUCCAUCCUCGCACAGGCAGCUGGGGCUCCUGCUCCCAGACCAGCGCCACCAUCACUGGGGAGCUGAAGACUGUCAGGGCUGUUGCCUUGUGCACAGCCUCCCCUCAGGAUGCCUCGGUCAGGAUGUCCUCGCAAGCCGGAUUCCAGUCCAGGGAGUUUUACACAUCAAUCCCAGCCUCCAGGGAGUCACAGGAUUCUGCUGUGUUGGGCUGGAGAGAACUGCAGUCUUGGUUUCCCCAAGGUUUAUCACCAUGGCUUGAAGUCACUCAGGCCCAGAGAAGCUCCUGGCAACAGCCACAAAUCCCCUUCGGGGAGGCUGAUGGCUGUGACAGGCAGCUGGUGGACUCUAGACUGGCAGAAUGGAACCCCUUCUGCUCCAUGCUACUUUCUAGUGGACAAGGCAAAGGCCUGAAUUUGUUCUUUCCUAAUUUAGGAGACAUGACAGAAUGGGAUGAGUUUGAAUCACUCUGUACCAUCUGGUGGAAUGGUCUCAAGGAAGUGGUCACCAUCAAAUACGGUGGAGGCACGUGUCCGUUUUUGUGUUUGCGGGUCCAGCCCUGCCAAAGGGGACGUCCCCUGCUGAGACUGGGUUCACCUGCACGGGUCUGCCCGGAUCUCCGGGAGGGGCUCCCUGCGCGCCCCCGUCCUGCGCGGGGGCUUCUGGGAGAUGUGGUCCAUCCGCCGGACCCGCGCACCUCCGUGCACCGCGGCAGGCACCAGCCGCUGGGUCUUAUUCCGCGGUGCGUGUGGUCAGGGCUGGUUCCGGGAGACGCGCCCCGUGAAAGUCUAGUGGCGGUCUCCGUGCCCAAGACCUCCAGGCGGAUACCUGGAGAGGUACCCCGGACCUGCCCCCUCUUCCAAAAUCCCAAAUGCCCUCUGAGAAGCGAGCGAAACAGCCAAUCUAGCUGGGACAAGGGCCAGCACGCGACAAAUACUAGCGGGGACCUUUUGCUGUUGCAAGGACCUGCCCCCACCGGUCACUCACAGCCUGAUUGGCCCGGCUUCGCAGGCCUCCCCUUAGCGCCUUUGCUGUUGGAAGAUCCAGCCUUAGGAGCGCUGGUCUGUCAAUCACGGUCUCUUUCCGUCCUCCUGUCCCUCAAAACCACAGUCCAAGUGCAUGCCCGUCCCCACGCGAAGGCACAGGCGAGCGCGGGGCCGGAAGAAGCCGUACUGGCGCUGAGCGUUGUUGCACAUUUUUGCGUUGUCCCGGCAAGAGACCGCCCGACGAGGGACGCAGCCACCCUGAAGUCCUCCGGGUGCGUAGUGCGUGCCUGGGAUUUCAGCAGUCGCGAGGGUUCCAAAUCCCAGAGGUCUGAAUUUUGGGCAAAUCUUGUAGAGAUUGAAGAGUCCAGCCUCCCUAUCUACCAAAACCCCGGGGACACAAGACCAAAGCUUGGAGUUAGCCCAGCCAAUCCCGCUCUCCUCAAAAAUAGCCUUGGCGUUCCCUGUCCAUACUGGCGCCCCUCCUACCUCCGGGGACCAAGGCCGGUGUCGCUCUUAUCCCCGAGUCCCAACAAAGCAUCACUCCACUGCUUCAUCCUUCAAGUGCUCUGCCGUGACCGGCGCCCACCCGCGCCAAUCUGGACCCUGGUUUCUGCUACGGGAAGGGCACACGGGGCGGCGCCUUGGCAUGAGUUACCCCAGUUCGUCCGCGCCGCUGACCUUGACGUAGCAGGAGCAUUUCCGGUCCGUGGGAUCCGCCGCUCGCUGUUUGGAAGUGGCGUCGACACUUCAUUCGGGAUUUUCCUGUACUUCUGCACUUCGUUUCCGAGUCUCAGCCUCAGGAUCGGCAACGUGCACCCCGCGUUCCAUCUGUCUUCUGAGACUUUGCCCUUCUCCAGAGAGAGCAUUCAGGAGACCAGGAAAAUGGCCACGGGGCUCCUGAAAGCCAAAAAAGAGGCAUUCGUGGCAUUCAGGGAUGUGGCUGUGGACUUCACCCGAGAGGAAUGGAGUUUGCUGAGCCCUGCCCAGAGGACCCUGCACAGGGAAGUGAUGCUGGAGACCUACAACCACCUGGUCUCACUAGAAAUUCCAUUUUCCAAACCAAAACUCAUUUCUCAGCUGGAGCAAGGAGAAGAGCCCUGGAUUGAGGAGAAACGAUGUCCGCUGGUCCUCUGUCCAGGAUCAAAGCUAGAAAUUGAACCUUAUCCCCCCUGCCCGCUGGCAUUCUCUAGUCAGCGAGGCCUCAGCCAACAUGUGUGGCUCAGGCAUCUUCCUCAGCUCUUCUCAGGUUACUGUGCAGGAAAUCAUCUCCGUCCGGGGAAACCCUAUCCAGAAGAUCAGAAACAGCAGCAGAAACAACUCUUUGAUCAAGCCUGCUUGAGUGACAAAGCAGAAAUUCAAGAGACAGAAGACUCCAAGCCCUUGUUCAGGAGAGUAAGCAGAAGAGGCCCUUGGGAGGUGUUGUCCAGCCCACUGCAAGAACAGCCAGUCAGGUCCAGGGAAGACAACACGGUGCUGGAUAUAGGGCCCAGCCUAGGCCAGAGGACAGACCUUGAGGAAUCAGACAAAGGAUCGCGUGGUGUAGAAGUCUCAAGAUUUGGGGCAGUCAAAUGUGGGGAGUUUGGGCGAGGCUUUUUGAGGGAGUCAAACCUGCUCAGCCUCCAGAAGAUGCAUACAGGGGAGACACCUUACAUGUACACUGAGUGGGGACAGGGCUUUAGCAACAUGUCAAUCCUCAUCAAAAACCAGAAGAAACACUCUGGGGAAAAACCUUAUGUGUGCAAGGAGUGUGGACGAGGCUUUACCUGGAGGUCAAACCUCAUCACACACCAGAGGACACACUCAGGGGAGAAGCCUUAUGUGUGCGAGGAGUGUGGACGAGGCUUCACCUGGAAGUCAAACCUCAUCACACACCACAGGACACAUUCAGGGGAGAAACCUUAUGUGUGCGAGGAGUGUGGACGAGGCUUUACUUGGAAGUCAAACCUCUUCACACAUCAAAGGACACAUUCAGGGGUCAAGCCUUAUAUGUGCAAGGAAUGUGGGCAGAGUUUUAGCCUGAAGUCAAACCUUAUCACACACCAGAGGGCACACUCUGGGGAGAAGCCUUAUGUUUGCAAGGAAUGUGGGCGUGGCUUUCGCCAGCAUUCACAUCUCAUCAGACAUAAGAGGACACAUUCAGGAGAGAAGCCUUAUGUGUGCAGGGAGUGUGAGCAGUGCUUUACCCAGAAGUCACAUCUCAGUAGACACUUAAGGACACACACAGGAGAGAAGCCUUAUGCGUGCGCGGAAUGUGGGCGCCGUUUUAGUUGGAAAUCAAACCUCAAGACACACCAGAGGACGCACUCCGGGGUUAAACCUUAUGUGUGCCUGGAGUGUGGGCAGUGCUUUAGCCUGAAGUCAAACCUCAACAAACACCAGAGGUCACACACAGGGGAGAAGCCAUUUGUGUGCAGAGAAUGUGGGCGAGGCUUUACCCGGAAGUCAACCCUUAUCACACACCAGAGGACACACUCAGGGGAAAAGCCAUUUGCGUGCAGGGAGUGUGGACGAGGCUUCAACGAUAAGUCAACCCUCAUCUCACACCAGAGAACACAUUCAGGGGAAAAGCCUUUUGUGUGCAGGGAGUGCGGUAGAAGGUUUAGCCAGAAGCCAAACCUCUUUAGGCACAGGAGGGCACACUUGGGUCAUAUGCCCUUUGUGUGCAAAGAGUGUGGGCAGGGCUUUUGUGAUAAGUUAACUCUCGUCACACACCAGAAGGCACACUCCGGGGGAAAGCCUCACGUGUGCAGGGAGUGUGGGCAAGGCUUUAGCCGGCAGUCACACCUCGUUAGACAUCAGAGGAUACAUUCAGGAGAGAAGCCUUACAUUUGUAGGAAGUGUGGGCGAGGCUUUAGUCGGAAAUCAAACCUCAUCAGACAUCAGAGGACACACUCAGGAUAGACACCUUGUGUGUACAGCGAGUGUAGUGAAAUCUAGUCAAGAGUCCUAUUUCACAAGAUGCCAGAAGUCACACCUAGUGGUUUUAGUAAGAAGUCAGCCAUUACCAGACACCAAAGUGGAGACAGCUACUUACGUGUGACAGGAAUGUUCACGAGCCCAAUGGGAAGAGUCAACAUCUCCAGUCCGCCUGAAGGAGAACUACUGGCUCAUUUUCAGGAGCUCUGGCUUCCCCUAGUGGGGAUGAUGGGUUGUGGAAGAUCAGGUCACUUGAUGGAGGGAGCACUUAGAAGUAGAUUGAAAUAAAGGAAUGGAGACUAUUCUGAUGUCAUUUCCUGAGAAUAUUUAAACCCUCCUUACACAGUAGCCUGGAUGUUAGAGAUAACAGCAAUAAUAGAGCUCGCCCCUUAAAAUCUGUCCGACUUUCUGAGAACAAGGGACUUGACAGAGACCAUUGCUGAUUUAAUCUUGCUUUCCCAGAGCAGGACCCAGCAGCAGUCAGUUUCAGGGAAGUUUGGGAAAUGAUGAAUUCAUGGAGACAGAGGUAGUACGUGGGUAGAAGAAGGUUUUAUUAUGCAAAAGGGCUUACAAGGGAGAAAGACCAUGACUGUCCUAGCUCUGGGUUUUGGGAGGAAGUAUCCAUUUUUGCUUGCUUCCAGGGGCUGUCUCUGGUUUCCAGGUUGAAUCCAUACUGAAGAUAUUCUUAUUUACCGAUGUAUUUAGACUAGAAAUGUAUUAUAUGCUUUUAUGAAGAAAACUGGUAGUAAUUUUUGUGAAUUUGACUUUCAAACCAAAAGUUAGAAUAUUGAAAAACAACUGUCGCCAUGAACUUGACAGCUUUCCACUACUUAGUCUUUUGUGACAAGAUUGCUGAUGAUAUUAAUGAAUGUGAUUUUGUAAUACCAUAUAAUGAAAUAUGUAAACAUUUGGAAGAUCUGCCUAACUCACUGAACAAGUAUUUUCCAAAUGAUUAGUGUGUGAUGCUACAAAAUCAUCCAUGGUGAUAUUAAAGUAUAAGGUAGGCAAAUGGAUUUCAGUUUAAAAGAUAAAGGUACCUGGCUGGCUCAGUCAGUAGAGCAUGCAGCUCUUGAUCUUGGAGUUGUGAGUUCGAGCCCCACAUUUAGGGAUAGAGUUUACUUUAAAAAAGAAAAGAAAAACCAAAAACAAAAAUUAAAAUUAAUACCAAUCUUUAAAAAAAAGAGAGAUAAAGGCCAGAUUCCACAUUACAGUAACCUUUAAAAAAUGAUCACUUGUUGACUUUUGGUAUACUUUGGUAUAGUCAAAGAAUAAUACUAACAAAUAUCUGAAAAGGUCAUUAAGAUACAUCUCCAUUUUUUAAAUUUGUACAUGUGGGGUCAUAUUAUUUAUCUCAGCAAAUUAAAUGCAAGAGCACAUAUAAAAUACUAGCUAUAUUAAGAUUAAAGAGAUUUUCAAAAAUACAAGAUAAUGCCACUCUUCUCACUGAUCUAUUUUUUUUAAAUUUUUUUGGUGGAAAAUAUUCAAACCCAAGUGAAAGUGAAGCACUUUACUUCUCAUUUAAAGUGCAUUGUUUCUAGAUGUUUAUGGUUUUGGGGUACCUGGCUGGCUCAGUCAGUGGAGCACGUGAUUCUUGAUCUCAGGGUGUGAGUUCAAACCCCACACUGGGUGUAGAGAUUACUUAAAAAUAAGUCUUUAAAAAAAAACAAACAGGUUUGGGGUUGCCUGGCUGGCUCAGUUGGUGGAGCAUGCGACUCUUGAUCUCAGGGUCAUGAGUUCAAGUCCUCUGUUGGGUGUGGAGCUUAACAACAAAACGUUUAGAUGUUUAUGGUCUAUAUCUCACAGCAAAAAAUACUUCACACACACUUAAACACCAAAAAAAAAAGUUACCUAACAUGCUAUUAUACUUAAUAUAAUUUAAACUAGGCAUGGGGCACCUGGCUGGCUCAGUUGGUGGAGCAUGAGAAUAUUCAUCUCUGCGUCAUGAUUUCGUCCCCAUGUUGGGUGUAGAGAUUACUAAAAAAAAAAAAUUAAAAAAAUUAAACUAGGCAUAGAAGAAAAUUACCAAAUAACACAAAUGCAAAGGAUAUGCUUGUUAACACCCACUGGCAGAUGUAAACCUACAAUUUAAGUAUGCUGCUCUAUCUAGACAAAACACACAAAUCUUGGGGAAUACUCAUUGCUAGAACUAAAUUAUAUAAUUACUUAAUCUCUGUGCCUGUCGCUAUGUCUCUUCCUGAAUAUUCUUGCCAAUUUUUCUAUUUUUUAUUAAAAUCUAUUCUUUUAAUCUUUUCAAUGUGUUUUUAACUUAUAUUUUGUUAAUUUUUGUUAAUAUUUACUAAUAUCUUGAAGCUAGUUUUUAUUAAUUGCUUUUUGAAGCUUAUUCAAUCAUACUUCAGGUUUUUGUACCUUUUCCUUUUUAUUUUCUUCUGAAAGUCAAAUCAGUUAUAAUUUUUUCUUUAUUUUCUCUUUUAGCCAAGAAUUACUAUUUCUACAAAUGGCUAGAUGGAUGUAUUCAUUUUUACACUCUCCUAGUAUUUAGUUUUUUUAAAUUUUAUAGCAUAGUCAAUAUAUUUUUGUAGUUUCUUCCAUUUUAUUUUAUUAAAAAUUAAUGUAUUUAUUUAAAUUCAAGUUAGUUAACAUAUGAUGUAGUAUUGGCUUCAGGAGUAGAACCCAGUGAUUCAUCACUUCAUAUGACACCUAGUGCUCAUCCCAACAAAUGCCCUCCUUAAUGCCCAUCACCCAUUUAGCCCAUCCUCAACCCACCUCCCCUCCAGCAACCCUGUUUGUUCUCUGUAUUUAAAAGUCUCUUAUGGUUUGCCUCCCUCUCUGUUUUUGUCUUAUUUUUCCUUCCCUUCUCCUAUGUUUAUUUGUUUGGUUUCUUAAAUUCCACAUAUGAGUGAAAUCAUAUGGUAUUUGUUUUUCUCUGACUUAUUUUGCUUAGCAUAAUACACUCUAGUUCCAUCCACAUUGUUGCCAAUGGCAAGAUUUAAUUCUUUUUGAUCGCCAAGUAGUAUUCCAUUGUAUGUAUGUAUGUAUCUUCUCUAUGCAUUCAUCUGUGGAUGGACAUUUGGGCUCUUUCCAUACUUUGGCUGUUGUGGAUAGCACUGCUUUAUAAACAUUGGGGUACGUGUGUCCCUUCAAAUCAGCGUUUUUGAUUCCUUUGGAUAAAUACCUAAUAGUGCAAUUGCUGGGUCAUAGGGUAGUUCUAUUUUUAAUUUUUUGAGGAAUCUCCAUGCUGUUUUCCAGAGUGGACUUCCAGUUUAAUUCAUAAAGUUUAGUUUUGAAUCUAAUCAGGCUCUGAAUUUUCAUGUAUAUCUUUUUUUUUUUUUUUUUUUUUUUUUUUUUAGUGUAUUUAUUUUGAGAGAGAAUAGGGGAGGGUCAGAGAGACAGUGAGAGAGAGAAUCCCAAGCAGGCUCCACACUGUCAGUGCAGAGCCCAAUAUAGGGCUUGAACUCACAAAAUGAGAUCAUGACCUGAGCUGAAACUGAGAGUCAGAUGCUUAACUGACUGAGCCAGCCAGGCACCCCAGUUUUCAUGAGUAUCUUAAAAAGCAAGUAUGUAACAUGAGUAUGUGUAUUUUAACAAUAUUAUACCAAAAUUAACACAAAAGGUUAUAAAUGCUGAUGUUUUUCUAUAUCGUUACCUUAUUCUGUUGUUUUGUAUUAAUUUCAUAUUUAUUUCUAUGUUAACAUGUGAAAUUAGAUUUGUAAUGUAAAUAUAGAUACAAGUAAUAUUAACAGAAUAAGCACCAUUGUACUCACCCCAGAAGAAGUAGUAAGCCUUAAUUAUUUUUAAAAACUUAGCACUUCCAUUUCUGUAAGUGAAAUAGUAAAUAAAUUUAUGGUCAUGUUAAGAAACAUUUCUCCAUGUAUUGCCAUCAAAUUUUGCUUAAUACAUUUCAAGGCUAUUUUAUUUAGAUCUACAGAAAUUAAUAAAAUUUCUUCUUGAUGGA